AGUACUGUGUAUAAUAAUACGGUUGCGUCUAUGGCUUGCCACAGGUUACUAUUCCAAAUAGUUUGUGACAUGGAUCCAGAGGUUUAUGGGAAAGGUCCUCUCCACUAAAAGAAACUAGACGCUACCAUAAUGAUAAUAAUGCACAUGGAGCUGUCACAUGACGUCACGUCGUGUCGCCCGCAGAUGAUGUCAUACUGAAACUUGUCUACUCUUCGGCCGGUACGUCCCUCCUGGCCUCACGUGACAGGCUGCGGCGUGCUGUGUGCGCUGGGCCCGGGUGUGUGUCACAGCUGCUGCCGGGAUGAGGAAGGGGAGAAGCGGGGACCCGGUUGCACAAUGAUCCGCAGAGCGAGACUCAGCUUCAAGCCGAACGUAAGGCCAGGAAGCCGUGCCCCAGGGUCCGGGGCUGUCGGCGGGGGAGAUGGAGUGGGAGCCCCCCAGCCAGAGCCCGUACAUGUUACGGGGAAGGAUAACGUAAGAGGAGGCCUGGAGGAGAGCGCCACCCAGGGGAGCGCAGAGACACAGCCCCGGGAGAGUGAGGCAGAGCGGCAUGAAAAGACGACCACUGUCAGCAAUGAAAGUCAGCCGAGUGUGGCAACUUCCACACCUCUCCAGAGGAGGAAAAGGAUUUCCACAUUGCCUAACCUGGCCAAGCCAAGGCUUUCUAAUUCUAAACCUGUUGUUGUUGCUCCUCCUCCCAAGCCUCCACAAGUGGAAAUUGGUCCCACAUUACCUGUCAGUAAUGUUCCGUGUCAGACUGAAGUGUCUCCACCUGAGAAGGCCAAAUUACCGAGCCCUCCAAAGUCACAAGCUCCUCCUGCUGCAACUCAAGCGCAGCAUGUGGCCUUACCUGAAAAGAGAACUCCAGUGCCUCAGGUCCCCCAGUUUUCUCCUUAUAAAAAAUCUGUCCUUAAACAUUCUGAAGCGAGUCCUGUUAAACCUGUGGAGUGCACGCCAAGGGACGAGCUGAGUCCUCUUAAAGAAAGACCUUCCCAGAAGUCUAUCAAUGAAGACUUUGUGACAAAUAAGCGAAUUACUUCUAAAAAGACUGUUGGUAAUCUGGAGAAGGAGAGACUUAGACGAUCACAAAAAUUACGAGAAUUGCUUAGGGAUGAAUUGCGGAAAGAACGGAAAAUCUGGAAGGAGAAGCAUCCCAUUAUACCCAUCACAGUGGAGCCAGAGCGAUCCAAGAUGGUUAUGAGAGAUUUCAUACACUUCAUUCCAGCAAAUAACCCCAUGACCUCUUCUCUUGAAGAAACAAAAACUAGUGAAAAGUCUCCUCCUACAGAAUCCCAAGUUACUCAAGGGCCAGUGGGAAAAACAAGUAAUGUGGAUGAAGAGGAUCCUGAUGAAGAAGAAGGUGGCGAAGAUGAUGACAGCCAGUUACUGGCUCCUCGUGUGAAAGUGGCGGAAGAUGGCUCCAUUAUUCUUGAUGAGGAGAGUUUAACAGUAGAAGUAAUUAGAAAUAAAGCUCCAAUAGUUGAAGGCAAUGACCCAAUAUUUGAGCGAGGCUCCACAACAACGUACUCCAGUUUUCGAAAGAGCAAUUACUCAAAGCCAUGGUCUGAUCAAGAAACGGAUAUGUUCUUUUUGGCUAUCAGCAUGGUAGGAACAGACUUCUCAAUGAUCGGCCAACUUUUCCCUCAUAGGGAGAGGAUAGAGAUCAAGAACAAGUUUAAGCGGGAAGAGCGAGCAAACGGUUGGAGGAUAGACAAGGCUUUCAGGGAGAAGAAAUCCUUUGACUUUGAAUUUUUUGCUCAACUGCUUGAAAAGGCCCUUGAAGCAGGGAAGAAAAAGCCGAAAACCCCAAGAACUAAACAGCCACGUGAGAAAAAGGCUAAUAAGUCACGCAAGAAACAGAAAGAUAAAUCUGCAGCAGAACACAAUGAUGGGGAAUCUGCCAGUCUGUCAGAAGGGGAGAGAGCUGAUGCCAGGUCAGCAGAGAAAGAGAACGAGGGAUCCCGCAGUGUAAAAGAGUGCUCGCCUGCACCUGACCCUGUUCCUGGAAAAAAGCGGAGGGCCAGAAAAAAAAAGGGGGACAUUAAUGAGCCAGAAGAAGAAAAUCCGGAGACCCAGGGUGGUGAUUUGCCUCAAAUUCCAAAGAAGAAGGAAUCCCAAAAGAAAAGUAAGAAGCCUGCAGAAAGCAAAGAACGCAAUACUGAACAUGAGUCUACCACAAAUGACAAGAGUCUAGAAGAUGUCAAGACUGAGAAGAAAAGAGGACGUAAGAAAAAAUCUGCCCCCAAAGAAUCUGAAGUGGAAGAGGGGGAAAAUGAUGGUACUGAUAAACUGCAGGAUUCUAGAAAGAACAAAUACAUUGCAAAUGAGAGCUGUGAUGUACCUGAAGAUACAGAGGAUGAUGCAAAUGCGUUCAGCGAAACUGCAGAAGUUGAUCUGUCAUCGGAGUCUGUCACUCUUCCUAUUGAUGAAGACUCCUCACUAGUGCUCUUUACUGAGGAAAGCGAGUGCCACUCGGGGCUUGACGAAUUAUCCAGCAUGCAGGAUAGUCAGAGUCAGGAUCAGCAGCCCGAAGCGCAGAUUGCAGAUGCGACUAAAAAUACUACAUUUGGGGAUUCUGGUUCCAUGGAGGCAAGCCAAGAGCAGACUAGUCCUUCAGCUAUCGAUCGCAAGAGCAACACUUCUGCCAAAGAGUCUAGUGCCGAAGAUGUAGAAGUCGUUGAACAGGAUUUGGAACCUAAAGAUAAGCAGCAGGUACUGCGCGGGCGCUGCAAGCGACCUGUUCCAAACUUGUCCAAAGCGUCUGUGAAGAAGGAAGUAUCCACUGGAAAGCCAGGCGAUAAGGAACGGCAAAUCGGUCCUUGUGAACACUUAGAAGUAGGAGAGAUUGCUGUGGGUGAUGAGAAAACACCAGAGGAAGACGCCAUGACUGUGGACAAGCACACAGAGCCAAGUGUUAAGUCUGAGGAAUCCAUGUCUCCAAAUGCAUAUAAGGAGUCCUCCAAACAGUCUGCACCACGUGUCAGAGGCAGAUUCCAGAGGCCGAAGCCUAAUGUGCAAAUAAAGGCAUCAUCUAAAAGAGAAAAGAUGGAUGAUAAUGAGGACAUCCCUGUAGAAAUAAAGGAGCAGUCUACUGAUGUCUCCAGUGUUAUCUCACAGAGCCACAAGGAGGACAUAGCUGCGUCUGCGGAGCUUGACAAUGAAGAAAUGGAAGUUUCCUCAGUUGAUGAAAGCCACAGACAAGUCUCUUCUGCCCCUGUUCCAGUUCCUUGUCCCAUUCAGAAAGAUUUUGGCUCAGAAGCUCCCCUUGCACAGCCAGUGGGAUCAGAUGCUGCCUCGCUGGACUCUGGAACGUUAGAUGUCAAUAAAGAGAAGCCUCUGCCAGGAAGAGGACGUCUGUUGAGGCCAAAACCAAACUUGACAAAGAUCCCAGCAAAGAUUAAGCCUUGUGUAUCAGAACAGGACAUUCAGCAUGCGUCACAGUCACAAGACACUGCACAGCCUUCAUGUACUGACACCAUAUCGCCUUCACGUGCUGCUGCCAGGGACCAAAAAACAAAAUUUGAGGAAAAGUCUGAGCCACCCUCUUGUUCUCAGGAAGAACGAAGGACAUUCCCUAUAAAGCCCGCAAUUCUUUCACGAAGCCGGUCCCAGAGACCAAACCCCAGUGUACUAAAGCUGUCUGCUGAGAUGGAAAAGUCUGAUGUGGAGUGUGCUGGGGAUCCUUCUGCAAAUGACAGUGACUUGCCCAGCAGCCUACAGAACAAUAUACACUCCGGAAAUCAGGGAACUGGAAUGUCAUUACAUGAGAAUGGAGUGUCCACCUCUGCCCAGGAUUCUUCUCCCUCUAGAGAAGUCUCAUGCUCUGAUCCUUUAUCUUCACUAAAAUUGAUCAAAGAUAAUGAUUCAUUUCCAGGAGUUGGCACCAUGGGUCAGAAGCCACUUACGGAGUCUGUGUCUCAGACUGAAUGUAAGAAAUCUCCCAUUAAACCCAAUCUCUUGACACGAGGACGACUGGGAAGACCAAAGCCCAAUCUUUUGAAGGCCUCUGGUCGGAAAGGAGUAAGUGAAGUUGGAGAAGACAAAAGUAUUAGGGCUGCCUCUGAUGAAAACGCUAAUGAGAAGAUAUCCCUGGACAGCAAUGAGAAGAUAUCCUUGGACAGCAAUGAGAAGAUAUCCCUGGACAGCAAUGAGAAGAUAUCCCUGGACAGCAAUGAGAAGAUAUCCCUGGACAGCAAUGAGAAGAUAUCCCUGGACAGCAAUGAGAAGAUAUCCCUGGACAGCAAUGAGAAGAUAUCCCUGGACAGCAAUGAGAAGAUAUCCCUGGACAGCAAUGAGAAGAUAUCCCUGGACAGCAAUGAGAAGAUAUCCCUGGACAGCAAUGAGAAGAUAUCCCUGGACAGCAAUGAGAAGAUAUCCCUGGACAGCAAUGAGAAGAUAUCCCUGGACAGCAAUGAGAAGAUAUCCCUGGACAGCAAUGAGAAGAUAUCCCUGGACAGCGAUGACGAGUUAUCCAUUUUAGGAAAUUCUGCAGAGCUUGUAAAUGAAGUCCUCUCAGGUGAAAGCGGUGCACAAGAGGAGUCCUGCUUACGGCCAUCAGACUCUGAACACUCUUUAAAAGGAGAUCUGGAGUCAAAAGGCAGUGAUAAACUAACAGAAGAGCUCCAGAAACCAUUGAAACCUGCUGUUCUAACAAGAGGCAGGUUUCAGAGACCAAAGCCAAACCUAUGUCGAGCAGUAACUAAGAGAGAUGCACUGACUUCACCUAAUCUACCAAAGAGUCCACCUAAAGGAGAGACCUGUGUGGAGAAAGUCCUGGAACCUGAUGCAGCUACAACAACAUUGUCAGUGUGCGAGGUGGAAAAAGUUCCCGUGCUUGCAAAGUCUAAUAUUGAAGAGCCCGUGCCUCCAGUCAUUCAGUCCUCCACCACUCUACUAGAGACCCUUCAUUCACAACAUUCCGUGCCUGCCACAGGAAGGGCUGACACCGAGGAGCCUGCUACACCAUCCAAAGAUUACUCUGCACGUGUCAUAAUGAAUAAUGAAAGAAGAGAUUCUGUAGAUGAGAGAGACGCAGAAUCAUCCAAACCAAUUUUAAAAACUGGCAGAUUCCAAAGACCAAAGCCAAAUCUAAGCAGAGCGGCUACACGGAUACGGAUGGCCACCGUCCCGGAGGAAACCAGCACUGGAGAAAAGCUAGGAGCUGGUACAUCAUCCAUAAAUGAGAGUCCUAUCGGCUCACGGGAUGUGGAAAUAUCAGCUGGAGAUGUAGAGAGGGAAUCCUGUGCAGUAGGAUGCCAAUCAGCACAACUUUGUGAAGAAAAUACACUGGGAAGCUUAAAAGAAAACACACAGGCUGUACAACUUGACGAAGUUGCCCAUACUGGAGAGCAAGUGGAAGGGUCUUCUGUAAAACCCGUGCGAGGCAGAUUCCAGAAAGCCAGGCCCAACAUCGGGCGAGCAGCUGUGAGAAGAGAGAUGCCGGCUAUCAAUCAGAGAACUUUGGCUUCGGAACAGGAUGAAGUAAAAUUGGAGGUCAGCGGAAAGGUGGCAGAUCCGCAGCAAAGUGAGGAAGUCACUGACGCCCCUCUCACCAGUCAUGGCACCAGUGAAGCUAGACAGGCUAACGAAAAAAAAUCCACAGCUAUCAAACCAGCACAGCUAAGACGCUUUAAGCAUGUGAAGCCAGUACCAAGCCUUGUAACGCCGAGCAAGAGGCCGAGUCUUUCUGAGAGUAAGAGAAGUGAUGAAGAGACAGCGCCUCAUGUGCCUACAACUAAAGAUCCUGCCAUAGAGGUGCAUGUAUCCUCACCAGCCAAUAAGAGAAAAGCUUCUGAGUGCAAUGAGGACGUGCCCAAGAGAAGUCGCCUGUCUGAUAAGUCCUGUAGACCAUCAUAUUUGUCAGACUCUGAGGUGGACCAUGUUUCAUUGCCCAAUAAACCUGAGAGCAGCUGCCAGUCUGCCGAUGUGCAGGAGCAGAGUAACCCACAACAGUCUAGAUUUGGACGGACGCUAAGAAAGACAUUGUCCACAACACUACCUGUGCUACCCAAACCUUCUGAAAAUUCAUCUCAACGGCCAGAUAAUGGGAAGACCAGACAGAGGGUGAAACCCAACAAAAGCAAAGUGUCAAAACCAUCAUCCAACAAGAGCAAAGGGAAGACCACCCUGGUGAAGCUCAGAGCUACACAGCGGGAAGACGAGGAGGAGGAAGAUGCAGAGUUAGACUUCGAGGAAGAGGAUUAUAAUCUUGCACCUGAUAUGUUAAACCAGGCUCCAGUCUUUGUCCCCUUCAGCCUAAGGUCACCAAAAUAUGUGCCUGCUGAGAUUGAAGAGACUUUAGAAGAGUUUGAAAUACCAGUGGAAGAUGAAGAUGUACUAAGUAAUGCAAGCCUGGAAUCUGGAAACUCUCCUUCUCAAACUUUGGAGCAUGCAGGGACCCAGGCCCCUCCUGCAGACACAGAUCACUGUUAUGGAAGCACUGAAGCCGCAAUGACAUUGAUAUCAAUGGGCAAUUCUGCCUCCCAGUCCAGUAUAGGAGAGUCUCUAAGUUCUGAUCACUGUGCAGAGAAGGAGCUGCCACCAACACCCAGAAGCCAGAAAGACUUGGAGCAGUACAGAAGAUUUGAAUCAUUAUCCUCUUCUAUAACUGAGCAUCUCUCGAACAACAAACAUUCUGUUUGUGCAGCAGAGAACAGUACAUUAAAUGCCAGGUCGGUGGAUGAUCAUCAUGAUCUCCCCAGUUCCGCAGCAGAACAUGGAUCACUCCCCAGACCAGAGACAACACAGUCAGAUGAUCUUAUGAUCAGUCCAGCUUUCCAUUCCUCUGAGGAUUCCUUGCAUGCAUUCAGUGACAAUUUAGUGAUGCCAGUAGAUCAGCGUUACCGCAGCAUGCAGGAGGGGGAACCGCAGCAUGACUUGAUGUCCGAAGUGUCAGAUAGUCUACUUGAUAGCGGUUGUCCGGCAGAAGAAGAAACGUUUAUUUUGACACUAGUAGAAAUUCCAAUUAAUGAGGACUAUGCCUAUUCAUGCGACUCAAAUUCAACAGAUUCUCUGCCAGCUCCUGUGAUCAUCAGCUCUGGCUCUUCUCAAACCCUAACUCAGAAUCAAAGCUCUGGGUACCCUGUGCCCGUGGAAUCUGUAUCCUGUGAGCCUCCUAUGGGUGUUCAGGAGGAAUUAAUGUGCAGCCAGUCUUCUAGGAAGAGAACUGCCAGCGGGUCAAUCGGAGCAGACGGCACAAUCAAAGAGAAGAAAAUUGUACUGUGCGAAAGUGUUCAGCAAGCAGAAGAUAAGAUGAAAGCUGCAGCUGCUGAAACAGAUUGUAACAAGAGAAGCACAUAUGAAGCAUCACCAGCUGAACCUGAGCACACGAUGGAGUUCACUCAGACUGAGGACUUUCCUGUUGGGGGAGAAAAUCUGCCCUGCUGUACAAAGCAAAGUGACAGCGUGCACAUAGACAAGUCUGCAACUGGCAGCACUGAAUUAUUAAACACAAACUUGCCUUCAGCAUGUGCAAAAACAGCAUCAACAUCCAAAGCACCAUUAAAAAGGCCUGGAAGUAAACCUUUGGGAUUUUUACCUUUGGUCUGCAAAGACAAGCAGUCUAAGAAAGCAAAAAAAGAAACCUCUAAGAAGAAAAACUUGGCAAAGCAUAAAAAGAUCCCUACACCAGCUUCUCGGCCCCAGCAACACAGCCAUGUACUAAGCCAAGAAGAUGCCACAAGCAAUACAGUGCCUUCUCAAUGUACCGUCGCUUCUGCUGUCACACCUUCUUCCGAGACUGAAGAGAUCAUCACCCCUGAAUGUCAAGUUUCUGACAAUCAAACCACAGAGUCCCAAGAACCGUCCAAUGACCUUGCUACAGAAGAGGAGGCUGCUCCAGUGUCUGAAUAUUUUUUUAGCGAUAUUUUCAUGGAGAUUGAUGAUUGAUGGCUUCCGACACCAAGUCACCAGAAUAUAUUUUACAGACCAUAUCUUUUUUUAAAUGAAACAUUUUGCAUUGGCACAGCUCUUCUAUAAAGAACGUGAGCACGAUGUGCCUUCUACAACCAAGGAACAAGCGCGCUCUGUGAGGCCCUUGGGAAAACCAAAGCCUCUUUUUAUAACCGUUGUCUACAGUCAGUGGAUGUGAAAUAGCUAUAUUUAUUUAUUUAAUGUUAAUUUAUUGGCUCUUUCCGAGCUGUAGGGUGCUAUGCGUUGCUGUGCAAUGCAUUACAGGAUGCUAGUACUAUUCUUAGGAACUCAUGCUUGUACAAGCAUAAACGGAUGUUGGAUUCCAAUAAAGUCAAAUAGUGUUUUGGUAUGGUUUUUUUUUAUUUUUUAUAUCCUGAUACUUAGAAAACAUGCAGCCUUUUUAUAAAAAUUAUUAGUAACUUUAAAGGUUACCUAAUCUGCAGCUGAAGAGAAUUGAAACAUAACUCUUCUUAGAGGUACAUAAACUGCUAUUAUGUUUUGUUCAGAAUAACCUCCGACUGUAUCAUAUUAUAAUCUAUCUAGAUGUGCAAAAUUAUUUGUUAAAGCAACAUAAUAUCUAUACCCUGGAUAUCCAUUUGCACCACAGUCUCAUCAUCUGAAUGUCUUCAAUAAACAGGCCUUAAUGUGUGUCAUUUAAAAUCUAUUAGGCUGCUUGAGUACUGUAGAUUAUACAGCGAGUUCAAAAAGUCCCUCCGCAGUGAGCGCUGUCUCCGGCUGCAGAUCUCCUUUGCAGCCGUGGAAGCCAGAGAGGAACAGCACUUAAUGUAGAUAAGUACGUAACAAAUUAUCUUUUAUUUCAUGUAAAUAAAGUCUUUAAAAACAAUUAUGUUGUCAUAUUCCUUAGUACGCAUAGUCUGCGGGGUGAUCUGCUAAGCACACAGUCACUGCGGAGGAUCUUUUUAAACUCCCUGUAUCACCUUCAAACAUACAGUACUAUAGAUAUAGGUCUUUUUCUUUAAUCUCUGAUCAACCAUAACUGUAAUAUGCUUACUAUGGAAGAGUUCUACACUGGUCAGACUUAUUUUGCAGGAACAUACUACAAGUUUCAAACCUCUAAUACAAAUUCAAUAUAAAAUAUAAACUUCCUUUUUAGUUGUGUUUUCUAUUAUGCCACUCUGUGCAAUGGCUACCUGUUGGGAGUCGCUGGUAUAUUGUCGGAAGCAGGAUUAGUCACUCUGCAAUGGUUGCCCUGCUUAUCUUCCAGCGUAGGGCUAUAUUUAUAAAGCUGCUUUUUAAAGACUCCGGGUUGGAGCUGAAAGCCACACUAACAUUCAGUGUAAAGCAUGCUGGGUUAUACACUGAGUGUUAGGGACGCUUUACAUUUUAGGCUCCGACCCCUCAAGAAGCACUGGCUUACAAAAGCCGCCGCUGCUUUUAAUAUAGCUCAUGGGUCAUCUGGAAUCUGAUCCAACUCAAUCAGAUAUUGGAUAUGAACAAGCCCUUACCCAAAAAUGGUGGACCGAUGGCCACACAGGCAAUGUGCAUGGUGUAACAGGUUAACCCCAGUGGAAAACUGCAGAUGGAAAUUAUUGCCUUUUCUGUCUAGACAGAGGGCACAAAUCAGUGUUCAGUUACUGUGCUGCAUUAAUCUACACACAGCAUUUAAGAAAAUGAGCUGCACAGCUAUCACGUAGCUGCUGAAAUCUCAGCCACUGUUUAACAACCAGGGUUGACUAAUUGUUGUUAACCUACUAAUCUAGCUGAGGUCCUAGUCCGUGGAGCCCCUCUGUUAGCCAGUCUUGUAUCACUUUUUGUAUAAUAUGUAUGCUUGAGCAUACAGUAUAUAUUAUUUCAGUAAAAAGUCCAAAAAUGAGGUAAGUUACUGGGUUCCGCUGACUGCUAUAACAUAUAUGGAUGGUAUCUGGGCGGUAUCCUGGGUUCCCCUGACUGCUAUAACAUAUAUGGGUGGUAUCUGGGCGGUAUCCUGGGUUCCUCUGAGUACUAUAACAUAUAUGGGUGGUAUCUGGGCGGUAUCCUGGGUUCCUCUGAGUACUAUAACAUAUAUGGAUGGUAUAUGGGCGGUAUCCUUUGUUCCUCUGAGUACUAGAACAUAUAUGGGCGGUAUCCUGGGCUCCUCUGAGUACUAUAACAUAUAUGGGUGGUAUCUGGGCGGUAUCCUGGGUUCCUCUGAGUACUAUAACAUAUAUGGGUGGUAUCUGGGCGGUAUCCUGGGUUCCUCUGAGUACUAUAACAUAUAUGGGCGGUAUCCUGGGUUCCUCUGAGUACUAGAACAUAUAUGGGCGGUAUCCUGGGUUCCUCUGAGUACUAUAACAUAUAUGGGCGGUAUCCUAUUAGUUGCAGUGAAUUACCGCAGCUAAUGGAUUUUCCCCAGGGGCUAUCCAAUUAGCCCUGUUAACCAGCACUUAUCAGGGAUUUUGCUUUUGCAUACCUCAGUCAUGUAAAGCAGAAUCCCUGAUAACCAGCCCCAGAAGACCCAUUUUGGGGUGGUAAGACAUGGGUCCACAUACUUAACACGGAUCCCAUGUGUUAUCGCCCGAUAACUGGUGAUUUACCACACAGUAAAAACUGGCUGUAAUUGGAUAAACCAAUAGUGUAAUCUUGCUUAAAAGCCCGUUAUUACCAUGCGGUAAGUCACCACAUGUAAUAGGAUACCGCCCUAUACCUUCAUAAAAUGACACUUAUUUUUAAAAGACCCUCACAAGAGAUUACACAUAUUUGAGUGUUGCUUUUGUGCAAAGUCUAGCCAUGGAUAUCGAACAGUUUUACAUAUUUUCAUUCCAUGUACAUUGCAGGGACGGGGCAGUUCACACAACAACCUGAACAAAUUAUAUCUGCGUCACUGAAGCUGCAAUUUCUAUCCUAAAACAACGUCUUUUAUAAAGAUUAAUCAUCUAACAGUUUCCCGUUCAUUCAAAUUCAGAAUUAAUCCUGUGGUGGAUAGUAAUGUGUGUUCUACUAAGUGCACCAGACUCUCAGGGGUAAAUUUAGUAAAGCUUGGUGGUGGUGUUGCCCAUAGCAACCAUUCAGAUUCUAUCGUUCCUCUAUUGCAUCCUUAAACAUGCAAUUUCAGAUUACUUACAGAGCAACACAACCUGCUGUAUAAUACAGACUUAUAUUUGCUGAAACUGACUAUAGUUCUUGAACUUAUUUCUAUAAUUAGAGACGUGUGACUGGGUAUUUACUGUAUGCUACUAUUAUAUCUUCAGUUAUUCAGGUGCCAAAUAUUCCCUGUAGCGUUUUGUUUUGCAGUGGGGAAAGUAUGAUGUAUAACCCUUUCAGACAUACCACCCGGGAAUUUCCCUGCUCAGUCCCGGGUCUUUCACCUCUGAAAAAUCCUGGGUUUUUGCUGGGACCCCCUUUCACACUACACCUGAGACCUGGGAAAUUCCCUCGUUGACCCCUUUCACACAGACACGUCUUACACAUGUCACACUCACACACACAACACCACAUUUCAAAUUCAUACACAUACAUACAUACAUACACACACACCACACUCACCACAACAGGCCGCCUCUCUGUUUUUAGGUUGCGCCGGCUGCUUCAAUUACUCACAGCAGCACGGACUGUGGCAGCCGGCGCACACUCCGGCUCCCUCCAGGCAGCCCCGCCCCUUCCACAAGUACACACGCCAAUCAGGUGCGACCUGGGAGCAAAUUCCUGGGUUGCACCUUUCAGACCUAAGCCAGGUUGUCUACGUCCCAGGAAAAACCUGCUCAUUGCAGGGUCGUCAACCCAGGAACGUGUUCCCGGGUGGGGAUUUUCAGACAUAACAAAAUCCCGUGUUGAUGCGCGUUCAUGUGCAAAAACCCGGGAUUUUGGAGGAUGUCUGAAAGGGGUAGUACACUGGAAUUUCCUUUCAUAAUCACAUGUAUGGUCAUCUGGUAAUAGUACUUCUAUAAACCAUCUUACAUUUAGGAUAGAGGUUUUAUUUAUUUAUUUAUUUAAAUUGUAUCAUACUGUACAUAUUGUAUUGGCUUUUUGAACAUAAUUUCUUUAGGGAAGAAUAAGAGAACAAUUUUUAGAGAUGUUGUGUUUCUGCGAGUUUGUACUAUUUUUUGGAACGUGUUUACUGGGGAAAGACCAUAACACAGGAAACAAAAUUUUAUGACUGACCCAUGUAAGAGUUAAAUGACUGAGUUUUCCACUUUUAUGAUUUCUGCAUCUGUGAAAUGGGUUUUUUGGGGGGGGUUUUUUUGGGGUGGUAACUGUAUGUAUGUAUAAAAUGUACAGUGUUUAAAGAAAUUAAAGUAUUUUAUAUUAA